AUGAAAGCACGCACGGUGCCGGCAUCCGGGCUGGUACUCUCGUCACGCGUCACGUCUUCCACGAUAGUUUGCUGGCAAUGCCUCCGGAAUGAAUUGGUUGCGAACCAAUUCCAGCUCCAAUCACGAAAAUAUCAUCCCACAAAACGUAACAAUGUAUCGCCGCUCGGUGCCGCCGUCUCCGCAGCUCAGACCAUCUUCAAAGGCCUACCCAAGGCACCUCCGGGCAUCUCCGUCGACCCAUUGCGGAUGGUAGGAAAGGAACUCAAAUUCUUGACGAAGAACCUCCGGCAGCUGCUCGGGUCCGGCCAUCCUACACUGGACAAGGUGGCCAAAUACUACACCCGCAGUGAGGGUAAACACAUGCGGCCGCUUCUGGUGCUGCUGAUGUCUCAGGCGACGGCGCUGUGUCCCCGGAAGACGGGCACGGACAACAAUUCGGCAACAGUGAACGACCCAAUCAGCUCGCCCUCAAUUCUCGUCGAUAAGAACCCGGACUUGGAUGCGCUCUCAUCCGGUAGUGCAGAUGCGCCGUACGACUUUGCCGGCGACAAGGACAUCCUGCCCACCCAGCGGCGGCUUGCUGAAAUCACCGAAUUGAUUCACACUGCGUCUCUUCUGCACGACGACGUCAUCGAUAAUGCCGAGUCCCGCCGUUCUUUAACGUCCGCCAACCUUCAAUUCGGAAACAAGAUGGCCGUUUUGGCGGGAGACUUCAUGCUGGGUCGGGCCUCCGUCGCUCUCGCGCGGCUGAGGGACCCAGAGGUCAUUGAGCUGAUGUCGACUGUCAUUACCAACCUCGUUGAGGGCGAGUUCAUGCAGUUGAAGAACACGGCUGCGGAUGAGAAGAACCCCGUUUUCACGGACGACACCCUUUCGUACUACCUGCAGAAGACAUACCUGAAGACGGGUAGCUUGAUCAGCAAGUCCUGCCGGUCGACUGCCGUGUUGGGUCACAGCGCCCCCGAGGUUGUCGAAGCAUCCUACCAGUACGGACGUAACUUGGGACUGGCGUUCCAGCUUGUGGACGAUAUGCUGGACUAUACCGUGACCGAGGCUGAAUUGGGCAAGCCAGCUGGCGCGGACCUGGAGCUUGGUCUUGCUACGGCCCCGCUGCUCUUUGCCUGGAAGCAGUUCCCAGAGCUUGGCCCGUUGGUUGGCCGGAAGUUCAGCCAGCCCGGCGAUGUUCAGAAGGCUCGUGAACUUGUCUUCAAGGCCGACGGUGUCGAACAGACCCGUAUCCUGGCUCAGGAGUAUGCGGAUAAGGCUGUCGCUGCGAUCUCCGACUUCCCCGACAGCGACGCCAAGGCUGGGUUGGCCCAGAUGUGCGAGAAGACCAUGAAGCGGAGAAAGUGA